UAUACACACACGCGCGUAUACACACACACGCGUAUACACACGCGCUAUACACACACGCGUAUAUAUACACGCGUAUAUACACACACGCGUAUAUACACACGCGUAUAUAUACACGCGCGCGCGCACACACGCGCGCACACACGUGUAUAUAUACGUAUAUAUAUAUACACACGUGUAUAUAUACACACGUGUAUAUAUAUACACAUACGUAUAUAUAUACACAUACGUAUAUAUAUACACAUACGU